ACCUGCUGACAUCAAAAACAUGUUUGCUCGUAUAACAACGCGAAUUCUAUUCAUCAAACAUUAAUUUGUGGUUUUUUUAGUGAUAACAUAGCAUUCGAAGAAGAAGGUUACAGACUGCAUUCUUGAUCGUGAAAUUUGUUGAUAUUUGCAAAGGUCGGACGGCAUCGAUUUUUGUUUCUGUUUCUGUCAAUUCAUUCAAAAAUGCUUCAAAAGAUUUCUAUUUUGAUUGCGUUCUGCCUGUUUUUGAGUGUGCAGUCUUUAUGUGACGCUGUUGAAUGUGAAGAUGAGUCUCACGAAGAUCAGGGUGUUGUGUUGGAAGUGCGUUCAUGCUCAAGCAAACAAAACAAAACACGGGACAUACCUUCUGGCAGAGCACAGCGCACAUUUUGCUUGAUCAAACCGGACGGAGUCCAACGAAAUUUGGUCGGUGAAAUAAUUAAACGAUAUGAAGCUAAAGGUCUCAAAUUGGUGGCAUUAAAGUUUGCCUGGCCGAAAGAGCAUGUGUUACGAGAAUUUUAUCAUCAUUCAGCCAAGAUGCCUUUCUUCGAGCACAUGAUUGGACAUGUGACACGAGGACCCGUUGUUGCAAUGGUUUGGGAAGGUUACAAUGCAGUCCAAAUCGGUCGUCAAUUGUUAACCGGUGGUAAUCGAUUCGAUCCCGUGCCAGGAUCAAUUCGUGGGGAUUUUAGUAGCAGCGAUUUUAUACAUCGUUUCACUGUUGCCCAUGGAUCGGAUACGGCGGAAGAAGCGGAACGAGAGAUGUUCUUGUGGUUUGAUGAAAAUGAAUUGAUUUCAUGGCAUUACUCCAAUGAAAUGUGGAUUUAUCAAAAAUGAUUGUAGUGAAUCUACGUAUGGAAUGAAAUAAACACACAAGUUUGUGAUUUUCAUGAAACUUCACUU